UUUUUUCUCCCAGUUUGAUUGUUUGAGUGUCGCUUCCUUGUAUUUUAUUUUGGUUCCAAGAAGGUAAGCCCUCCUUUGCGAGGUCUUCUUUUUGAAAAGAUUCAUGAUGGUGUGAAUGUGUAAUGGAGUACCUAUUCGAGUGGGAAGCUUAGACAUUUCUAGUCAGUAAACGGGGAGCUUUUCUUUUAUUCCUGUUUAGUAUUUGUGUUUAUUUUUAGUCAAAAAUGGGCAUUGAAAAGGAUAGCGCGGACAUUUCUAGUCCUGAUCCUAGUACUUACCUAAGGUGCAUCGAGAAAGAUGCUGCGUUCGCAACGACGUCACUCCCUGCAGAUAAGCUCAUUGAAGAAGAGAGUUUAGAUUUGAUAAUGCAACAAUUGCCUUCGUGUGAGUCAAUUACUGAUGGAGAAAAGCUAUUAGAUGAGUUAGCCGCUGAUAGUUGGUGCCCAGCGAAGUCUAGCGAUGAUUACAGAGCAUUUGAUAGAGAAAGCGCACCGCCACCAGUAGGGUGGAAGAGUAUUUCCUUACUUAGGAAACUGAGUGAACUUUUUCACCCGUCUGAACCGACGGCGUGGACCCUCCCAUUGCUAGGAGGCACGACGUUCGGUCAAGUCUUUUGUCCUAGUAGUUGGGAGAGCAGAAAGCCUAAAGAAGCUGAUGAUAAGUUAGAAGAUGUAAGAAGAAGGCGUAGUCGUGCGUAUUGUGAAAAAAAUUUGUACAAGAAACCGAAGUUCGAAGAUGGUUUAUUGGGCCUGAUAUGGGACACUAGUGUAAAAGAGGUGAAGAUGGGUCCUCUUUCAGAGCCCAUCGAAAUUCAAGAUUUGGAUAGUAGAGCUUUAAGUCUAGCGCCGAGAUUUGCCAUCUGGCAGAAGUCUAAACAUAGGAUGAUCGACGAUGCCCGCACCUUUAACGGGUCGUCGAAUCUCUAUAAGAAAGUCCCACUGCCGUCGCCUCUUGAGGCCUUAGCCUCGGCCACGGCAACGGCAAGAGUUUGGUCGAGUAAAAUUAAGCUUGGUCGUAGCGUAAUCGCCGACUUUGUAUCUUUCCCAAGGAAGCGGAAAGCGUGUGGAGCUAGCUCCUUUUGUAAAGAUUCUUUUUUUUCGAGUAGCCUAGUUGAAAACUUCAUUGAUCCCGACACGCAGUUAGCGGUGGAAGGUUCGGACUUCCGCACUGAUGGAGGAGUUGUAGAUAUUGAAGCUGCUUAUAAAUCCAUUCCUAUUAAGGAUGGACACGAAUGGGCAAAUUUUAUUCUAGUUUGGUGCCCGAAGCCGGUAAUAGGAGAGCCUAGGCUUGUGGCCUUUAGGGCCUUUUCAAUGAUUUUUGGUAACGUGCAUUCAGUAGUAGCAUGGGUAAGAGUUAGCCUGCUACUCAGAGCGUCUAUCCGUGGACUAUUUAAAGUACCAACUUCGGUUUUUAUAGAUGAUUAUCAUUAUUUUUGCCGUUUAGGUUUAGGAGAUGAAUGUUUGAGAGUAAUCAAGAAACUCCUAGAUUUGACAGGUUGGGGUUACAAGGAAGAGAAAUUAGUCUCUUCAUCAGAAGAAGUUUUGUUGUUAGGUCUGCUCUUUCGUCUUGUAGGUAGGCCAAGUGUAGUAAUAUCGCCUGAACGCGCUGAAGUUUAUUCCAAGUGCAUCUCGUCUUUGCUCGUGAAGGAUGAGCUUUCUCCUUCGGAAGCCUCGCGUGCCUAUGGCAUGUUGAGUUUUGCGCUUUGCGCUUGCUCUGACAGGAUGUUGCGUCCUAUUCUCAGGCCUUUGGUUUCACGUAUGUUCCAGGAGUUUGGUGGAUCAAAGAUGACAAAAGCGAUUAGAGCUUGCCUUGGUGUGUGUAAAGACUUAGUUGUUAGAUUGCCGCCGCGGGUGCUGUACUCCGCACCCGUGCGGUACAUCAUUUAUACCGAUGCAUCAUGGCAAAGGUCUAGGUCUGGUUAUAUGGCUGGAGUUUUAGUCGAUUUGUUCGAAAAAUACGACCCAAGCAUUCCAUUUGGGAGGAAGUUCCGGCUUUGGAGGAUGUUUGUGUCAAAGAAGAUGAUCGUUGAGAAAUACUCCGACCAUCCAAUUAAUUUUUUGGAAUCUGUUGCGCCUUUUGUGUGUAACCUUUUGUGGGGUGACCGGCUUACGUCGUCAAAAGUAAUUUAUUAUAUCGAUAAUAACUGUGCUAAAGGCACGCUUAUAAUCGUAUGA